CAGAAGCCUCAGGUGUGUCUCAAUCAUCCGGAGGACGGAACACGACACGGACCUGGUCCAGCGAAGACACUUUCCUCUUCUUCCAAUAACUCCGGAUUUAUUGUUUUUCUCUUCGGGGCGACUGUUUGUUUCAAAACGACCUCUUCACAAACAGGCGGUCCUCCGUCAUCACAGGUGGUCCUCCUGCCAGCGCCAUGUCUUGGGGGGUGCUCUACGCCCAGCUGGGCGGAGUCAACAAACACUCCACCAGCCUGGGGAAGAUCUGGCUCUCCGUCCUCUUCAUCUUCCGCAUCACCAUCCUGGUCCUGGCCGCCGAGAGCGUCUGGGGCGACGAGCAGUCCGACUUCACCUGCAACACGCAGCAGCCCGGCUGCAAGAACGUCUGCUACGACCACUUCUUCCCCGUGUCUCACAUCCGCCUGUGGUGCCUGCAGCUGAUCUUCGUGUCCACGCCGGCGCUGCUGGUGGCCAUGCACGUGGCCUACAGGAAGCGCGGGGACAAGAGGACCAUGCUGGCCUCCAACGGCGCCGAGCGGACGACGGACAACGAGCUGGAGACGCUGAAGAGGAGGCGCCUGCCCAUCGCGGGCCCGCUGUGGUGGACCUACACCUGCAGCCUCUUCUUCCGCCUCGUCUUCGAGGGCGGCUUCAUGUACGCGCUGUACUUCGUGUACGGCGGCUUCCAGAUGCCGCGGCUGGUGAAGUGCGAGCAGUGGCCCUGCCCCAACAAGGUGGACUGCUUCAUCUCCAGGCCCACGGAGAAGACCGUCUUCACCAUCUUCAUGGUGUCCUCGUCCACCAUCUGCAUGGUGCUGAACGUGGCCGAGCUGGGCUACCUCAUCGCGAAGGCGGCGCUGAGGUGCUCGGCCCGGUCCAACCGGAGGAACCGCCCGUACGGCCACGCGGACGGCGUGCCGCAGGACAACAGCCACCUUCAGAACGUGAAGAACGAGCUGCUGUCUGCCGACUCGCGCGCCAGCAGGACGUGCUGAGGGGCGGGGACAGCCGCCGCGUGGAGCCGCAGAAGAAGAGAAGCCCCUCCCCCAGCUUCCCACCGGGCUGGUAGAACGUCCCCCAGAACCUUUAACAUUGACUUUGUUUGUGUCGUCUCUCGGGAGGUCGGCACAGGAGGGGGGGCGGCAAAAGAAAUGAUGUAAAAUGUUCAAUUGUCUUAUUAUUUCAACACCAUUAUUUUUGUAAGAUGACCACAGAACUAUCAAACGGGUCGAACCCAGUCAGCUCGGUAGGUGCAACAGACCCACUUUGCCCGGCUCAGGAGAAGCCUCUUGGUUGCGCUUAAAUACGUAGACCCUAAUCCCGAACAAGGGGCCCCUGGCCGGGAGCCCCCAGUUGGUCCAGUGUUUGGCGCCCGGUGCGGCCUCUGCUCCCAUGGCGGCGUUUGAACUGUUCUCGAGGUUUUAGUGAGUCCACGCUGACAUCUUGUGGCGCUGAGUGGAACCUCGCCGGGGCCCGAAGGAUCGUUAGUGGCGACGAAGAAGAUCAAGUGAAGUCCAGUUCUGAUGGGUUUUUUUUUCUUAGUGGAGACUUUUUAAGCGCGUGCUGUUACAGUAGUUGAUGAGUUUUUACGAUCCUCUGUGAUCUGAAUCGAGUGACGUGAAGUUU